AUGAUUGUUUUGUUUACUCAGCAUGGAAGAAUCAAAGUACGUACAACAGCUGAACAAGCUGAAGCAAAGAGAAAAGAAAGGGAAAAGAAACUGAAAAUUUACACAGAAACAACAAGCCGCAUCUAUGAAAAGGUGAUAUGUUUUUUUCAUUGCCUGACCCAUUUUUUCACUCCCAUUCCGAUGAAAAUUCUUCCUACUGUCUGUCAUACAUUUUUUAUAAACUCUGUAUUUUCUGAGAGUUUGAUGUUUAAGUGAGGUCAUUUAACAAUCCCCUAAUUGAUAUUUUUCUUUAUUCUCAUCACUUGUCUGCUUGAUAUUGUAUUGAUAUUGUAAGGAGAAAUUCUCCCUUGUCACUCAUGAGGGUUUAAGGGUUGAACCCUUCUUGAAAUGAAAAUUCACAUUCAUCAUGAAAGUGCCAAUUGAAGUAUCUUAAAACAUGCUGUACUUUCAAUGUUAUGUGAAAGGACUUGCGGUUGGCACUUUCAAUACCUUCUUGAUUCUGGAUUGCUGGUUACUUUGAUAGGAGUUAACAGAAUAAGACCUUUAAUUUGUUUGUUGUACAUACAUAUAUCUUCACUUAACAAAUAUUUCAUGAGUACAGAUUGGAUGUGAAUUGGCUAUAACCAAUCUUGAAUCCAACAAGGGAAUAUAGAAUAAUUAUUUUAUUGAAUUUCAUUAAAUCCUACUCAUUUGUGUAAUUAGAGAAUAAAUGUAAAGCCAAAUUUCCCACUCCAAAAGUGUUGGUGCAAUGCAGUGUUAGUGAAGUGAACCAAUCAGAACACUCAAAAUACAUUAUUCAAAAUGUAAUAUUUGGAUCACUGUGUUAAAAGCACCUUUAUUGCACAUGGAGUUUGUUAAUGCAAUAGAAACAAAUGUUUUAAGGUUACCACAAAGAAAAAUGAGCAAUCAUGUACCAAACAAACAAGCAAACAAACAAAUAAAUAAUGAUUUGCUGAUCCGGUUUUCCAUUUUUUUCAGAGAAAAAAUGGAGAAAUGGACAAGGAAUCUCUCUCUUUGUCUGAACAGGUCCUUGCAGCUAAUCCAGACUUUUCAACUCUGUGGAACUUCAGGAGAGAGAUUUUCCUCCAUAAGAGAGAUGAGAAGUAGGCACUGCUAAUUGAUAUACUGAGUGAAUUGACAGGAAAGCCACCUGACUACUGGCUGUUGGUAUAUAAAUCAAUAUUGUUUCACCAUUUGAUAAAUGUAAUGUUGAUUAAUUUUUAAGUCCACCAGAUGUAAUACAAGACUUUUGCACGAAGGAGUUAUAUUUCCUCAAGAACUGUCUCCAAGUGAACCCAAAAUCAUAUGGUGUUUGGCACCACAGACAAUGGAUCAUGGAAUUCAUGCCUCAGCCUAACUGGAAGGAAGAAUUGCAACUUUGUAAUAAGUUUCUAUCAUAUGAUGAGAGAAAUUGUAAGUUCAUCACCACAAUUUUAUCAAAGAUACUGAGAAAGAGACAAUCACGCAUAAAUUCUCACCUUCUAAUCUGAUGUCUUUUGAAAACGGUCUUUUUUCUAGAGCAUGGUCUUCAUUGUUUGUGUUCUCCUGGUUGUUUAACCCUCCUUAUUGUCUACCAAACGAUUCUCAUUAUGUUAGUUUGGAGAAUUUGGUAUCAAAUCAAUUAGUAAUCCCAUAAUUGAUAUUUUUCUUAGUUUUAUUCUCAUCACUUGUCUGCAUUAUAUUGUAUAGAUAUAGUAAUGAGAAAUUCUGUCUUGGUCACUCACGGGAUUUGAGGGGUUAACUCAUCACUCAUUAUUACAAUAAUUGAUGUACCACAUACAUUUAGCCUUAACACUAAACAAGAUCAACUGAAAUAUAAAAAUUCUGCAGAACAGUCUGUCCUGUGCUAAUGUCUGUUCAGAUAGUGGUGAUAGCACCAACUUCCAAUUUGCUAUGAUUCUUCCAAUUGAUUAUUAUUUGUUGGCCAGUGUUAGAAAUUUGGUGUUAAAUCCAAAUAAUUUGUUCAACAUACUCCUUUUAAAAUUCCAGUACUCCUCUGUCUGGUCACUUAUGGAGUGAUAGAAGUAAAGAACACUUUAAACCUCUUCUUUGAUAGUUUGACAUAAAUUCUGCCACCUUUUAACAUCUUCUGGUCAAUUUUAUUGAGAGAUUUUGUUCAUUUUACCCAGUUCACUGUUGGGAUUACAGAAGAUACACAGUACAGAAAGCAAAUGUAUCACCGCAUGAUGAAUUCAACUUUAGCACAGAGAAGAUCAAAGAGAAUUUCUCCAAUUAUUCCUCAUGGCAUUACCGUAGCAAACUUCUUCCAUUGAUUCAUCCUGAUCAGAGUGGAGACAGAGAGAGAGUGGAAGAGGGAGCACUCAUGAAAGGUAUAACUAAUAUACUGUUAAACUCAGAAAGAAGUAACUUACAAUACAUUGACGGGAAUCCAGACCACCCAGGCAAAUGAAUGAAAACCAAUCAGAGGACAAAACUGAAACAAUAGAUUCCAACCUUUUCAAAUCCAGUAAAUACAUAUGUGAAAUGUAGAGUUAAAGACAUUUAAAUCUCAACUCACUUAUAAACAGUGUCAGGUAAAUGGCAAGUUUACUUUCUUGGUGUUUUAGACAAGCACUUCAAUCAACUGCUGGUGUAACUUCACUGACAGGACUUGCUUGCUAUAGCAUACUAUUACCACACUUAAUAAUAACCAUUACAAAUUCCUCAAAUUUUUUGGGUGCAUUUGCAGCUUCAUUUUUUACUAAUCAUUCUGUACAAUUUUAAUCAGACAGUGUAAUCGGACAGUUUGCUGUAAUAAGACACCAGUAAUCAGACAGUUGAAGCAGCCAAUCGUCUUAAGCUAAUCAACCAAUCACAGAAAUGAUCAAAAUAACCAUAGAAACAACCACUUAUCCGAAGGAAAACUGGGGAAUUUCCAAAAUGGAGGAAUUUUUAACUAAAUACAUUGUCUCCACUUGAGAUAUUUGUUCUAAGUGUGUUACUUUGUUUUUUUGGAAAUUGAAAUGGUUAUGACUAAUUGGUAACAAGUGAUUGACAUAAUCAGAAGACCGCAAAGUGGUUAUCCAAUUUGUUAAUCAUGAGUAUGGUUACAGACAGAAUUGAAUGACAAGAGGCGCUGUUACCAUUAUGAACAAAGUGAUAUACAAAGCGUUAUUUACCCUCUAAAUUAUUAGCCAGGGUGUUCUUUGUGAAAAUAUGAUAAAAAUUUUAAUUUACUUUAAAAACCUGCAGAUAAGCCACACCAUUUUUCCAAAAACCAUUGCUAGAAAUCGGGGGUGCAGCUUAUCUGCAGGAACAUUUGAAAAAGGCAUUCCAUUUUUGCAUACAAUUUAAUGCCUGGUUACUAAGCUUGGAAUGUUCCACUCAUGCUCUUGUUGUAAUGCAAAAAUCUAUGGAAAAACUGUGUUGAAUGAAGAAAUUCCUGUCCACAAAUACCAGAAAAAGAUCCAUCAUAUGUCAAAGUUGAUAGAAACAAUGUUCAUUAUAUUAAAGUGCUAAAAUUGUGGGCAAAACUUUGAAGUAUUUUCCAUUGCAAUGUUAAUAGUGAGUUUACAUUCAAUGAACAGUGGAUGAAGAAGACUUCUUAAGACUCAACUUUGGACUUCUUUUAAUUUUUUUCAAAAAACUUUUUUUCCAAAAAUUUGAGCCACUAUAUUAAGGGUGCAGUUUAUCUGUGGGUUUUUACAGUUGUUGUUAAUUACACCCUAACAUCAGUAUCCAUAUUCUCCUUACUCUCCUCCAUAUGCUUCUUUUGGUACUGACAAGGAGAACGCAUUCAAGAUCUCAGCCUCUUAGUUUGGCAAUCAUUUCCUUUAUUCUCAUGAUCUUAGUGAAUGAUUCAGCAGUAUUACUGUAAGGAGAAAUGAGAUGCUGGUCGCUCUUAGGGUUUAAAGGGUUUAAGAGUACUGUUGAUUUUGUCAUGUUCUAUUUCAGAAUUUGAUCUAGCUCAAAAUGCUUAUUUCACUGACCCCUAUGAUCAGAGUGCUUGGUUCUAUCACAGAUGGCUUUUGGGGAGAGGUAUAAUACACUCUAUCUUUAGUUGGUGUUUAGUAUUGCAUAUAACUGUACCUUGUUUGAAUUGGAAAUCGGGUGCCCUGGGCCUGUUUAUAAAAAGGGUGGAUAUUGCUAGCAAAUAGAUAAAUUGCUAUCCAGAGGAUUAAGUAUUAAGAAAACCAACUGUUCUUUCCAUCACGGAGAGAUCUAUCCAAUGGAUAGAGUUAUCUACUCUUUGAACUACUGGGGCUUGGUGACAAAUGUACUGAAUUGUGGAUCAAGAGGUCUGGGUCCAAGCCUCAACUAGAUCACUUUAUUGUGUUCUUGGGCAAAACACUUUAUUCUCACAAUACCUCUCUCCAACCAGGAGUAUAAAUGGGUGCUAGUGAACUCAUUCACAGAAACCUGACCCUGGUUGUUCUAAGGGUGGAUUAAUAUGCUAUUGGCUGGAUGAAUCUCUAUGCGGUCAAAAUGCAAUACAUUUUGUUAACACUUAGGGCCAGUUAUUUACAUGACGUCCAACCUUAACCAUGGUUGUUUACAGUUUUAUUAAAUAAUAGCUUUUGGCUCUCUUGAUGCUGUUCACAAAAAGAAAUUGUUCAGAUAAAAGGUUCAGCUAAAUUGAGCAUUGUUUAGAAUGCAGUUUUGUUAAACAACAACCAAUCUUUGUUUCAUAAUCCUCUCAUUUUGUGGGUUGGGUUUUAUCCAUUUGUUGUUAUUAUCUCCUCUUACCUAUCAGGGAUAACAAUAUCUAAGGGGAGGAACAGCAAUACUCAAAAAUUUCUCCAUACCACAGAUGUUUCAAUGAGCUCCAGUAGUGAGGAGUAACAAAGACUUCUCCUUUCUACCUUCCAAUCUUUUGAUUUUCUUGGUUUAAAAAUUGUCCUGAUUGCCCUUGAUGAUCUUUAACCAUCAAAUUCCUAAUAAGCUAUGAGUGAUUUAUUUAAAUUAUUGUUUUAUAUUUUCCACAGCCAGACCACAGAUGGAUAUUUUGUGUUUGUAUGUGAGGUGUGAUGAUACACAUGCAACAGUCAUUGUGAAGUUUACACAGCCAAUCCAGGUCAGAAAGAAAACUAAUUACUCUUAAAUUUAUUACUGGAACUGAACUCUCCAGACAAGUUUUCAAAACCUUCUAACUUAAGUGUUUGAAUCUAUACUUCCUGACCAAAAUUUAGAGCUUUUUAGACCUGUGCUUUCAAUGUUUUCCUUUUCAUGUGGUAAGCGGUAAAAUUAGCCACCUGCAGUCCACCUUACAGUUCUUGUAAAUUCAACAGCUGAAAGGAUUGCUCUAAGGGUUUGAACAUUUACUUUACCUGUUGUGCUUGAAACAUCACUGUGCUUUAUGAGAUGAACCAAUAAUGCUUUGAUUCUGUCUCUGCAGGUUCCUAAAGAAGAUCCACAUGUUUCUAUUUGCGGAGAUGAGGUCCAAGGUCAAUGGAACAACUGUUACUACAACAAUCACCCUUCUACAGUCUGGAUAUCCUACUUUAUGAGACACAUUAUUUGAUUUGGUUCUUUGUUUUGGUUUUUUUUUUUUUUUUUACUACAUAAGUUAAUUUCAUUUGAUAAUACAAAUUUCUCUUCCUCGGAAAAAAGUCCUACCUUUCAUCUCACCUUUGAAUUCAUUUCAAAACUCCAUUGCUUUUGAAACUCCCCACUUCUGAAUUUCUGGGAAGUAAUUUUACAUGGGUAUUUUUUUGUGAUGCAAAAAUUAUUUUUUUCCGUGGAAUUUCAAGGGCUAUCAAAAGUGCACCUGACAACACUAUCCAACAGUUGGACUUUUUGAUAAGCGAACUUUAAAUGGAAAUGGUAAUUAAGCUUUAAAAUAUUGAAAAACUUUUAUGCUUCAUACGAAUUAAGCUUGGCUCACACAUUGCGAAUUAUACCUUGUUAAUAAUUGAAAUCACUCUCUCUCUCUUUCUUUUUCACUCUCUAUUUUUGCAUUAAAGUUGCACAUAAUUUAACAGUUUUUGUAAAAUUUUACCCUUUCCUGCAAAGAGAAAAGAAUGGUUUUUCUCUAAUUGUUAUUCAGACCACUUUUCCUUGACAGUAUUCAAAUUUAUAGCUGUGGGGAUGGUCAAUCAAAUUUUCCAAAUGGAACAACAAUUGAGGCGAAAUUCAUGGGAGGUAAACUAGAGAGGUCUGUGGCAGUACCAGAAGGUUUGUGAUGAGUUAAAAAUUCAAGCUUGUUGCUAUGGGAAAAGUAUUAAGUUAACUGUCUCUUCUUAUACCAGAGAAGUGGUUUUAGAAUGAGAAGGAUCCACUUUCAAGGAGAGUUAAUUUAAAAGUGUCUUGAACUCAAGCCAAGGUGCUCACAAUGUUAGAGGAGGGAAAAUCUUGGUUUCCUCAGGUUUAAAGCAAAUGAGAAGAUUAUUACACUAUUUACAUGGAUGUGAUGCUAACCUAGCUCAAGUUAUACACACCAUUCCAUCAGGUUUCUCUCUAUGUCUUUGGGUGGAGAGAUACACUGGGUCAGGAAAGUGUGACUUGCAUUUAUUUUCCCACAAAGGUAUCACUUCUAAAUCAAAUAUUAGGCUUGUGAGAAUUAGGGAAAUGAUCGCAAACUCGGUAAGCUCUUGACUUUUAACGAAAUUCUUGUUGUCAGUACCAUAGGAAACGUAAUAAAACAGUAUGGAAAUUAUUGAUGCUGAUGUUAGGAUGACAAGGGCUAAAUGCCUUUUGUGUAUUUAUUGUAGGUGAUUCUGAGGUUUGGUCAUCUGCAACUGAGUCGCAUCUCUUUAGGUACUGAAAAUACUCUGGUCUCUAUUUGCUCAUCAACUUUUAUAGCUUGAAACACAUGUCUCGUGGGUCAAAAUGAUUAGGGGUUGGACCCUUAGGCUUGAGGCUUGUCAGAAAUGUACAUCUUUGACGUCGUUUAAUGAGGUUUAAACCAAUUUUAUUGACACCAUUUUUAGCUUCCUUGCACUUAACACUGUAGCGCAAGUCAGUGAUUUACUUUCAAUUUGUGUGCUGUGUUUUACUCGUCAUCAGAGCGGAGCUCACAGCUGUCCACAGUUCAGUCCUUCAACAGGAGCUAGAGUCCUGUCGACUCUUGUUGGAAGAGGAACCGAAUAACAAGUGUAAGUACGCCACAAGUUCAAGGUGGAAUUCAGGCCACAGUUGUGGGAGGCAAGCAGUCUCGAUGAUGCGCCUUUACUGUUCAGCCCGUUCUCUUACAGAUCCGCCAUUUCGUCAUUCCUUUGAAAAAAUAUGACAAAGUUGCGGAAUAUAACCCUCUCCCCCACCCUAGCUCACAGUUACUGUGGAUUUUCUUUUUCUGUGCUAUGCUUGCGAGAAUUUUAUGCGCUUGGCGCCGGUUUCGUGGCUUUCUCUGAGCUUGCCUGAGGUAACAGUGAAAACUUUCUUUGCACUGAUCAGCAGUUGUGUUUACUGGGGUUUGGAUAUAUCACACUUUGUCGCAAUGUGCACUAGAAGGGUUUAAUCCAUAACCAGUGCUUACUGAGAAACAAAGCGGCUAAACUUGAUAUGUUUGUAGGGACGAUGUUAACAAUGGUUUUGUUGAUGCGUGCAUUGGAUCCGCUUUCACACGAAAAGGAAACAGAGUCGUAUUUAGAAAAACUUUCUCAGGUGGAUUGCUACAGGCGGGGGUAUUACAAAGAUCUUAGUAAGUAUCAUCCCACGCUACAAAUUACUUGGGGCACUGGUCAGUGACUUCUUGUCCGUCUGACUCCCUGGCUCUCUGACUGACUAGCUGACUUAAUGAUCGGGUUGACCUACCGACCGACUGACUGACUGAGAGAGCAACUGACUGACUGACUGAAAGAGCGACUGACUGACUGACUGAGAGAGUGAUUGACUAACUGACUGAAAGACUGAAUGACUGACUGAGAGAGCGACUGACUGACUGACUGGCUGAUUGACUGACCAACUUGACUGACUAACUGAGAGAGUUACUGGCUGACCGACCGACCGACCAACCAACCGACUAAAUUAUGGAUUGAUUAGCUGAAUGAUCAAUUCACUGACUACAUUGUAAGGCUGUCUGGUCUACUGACUUACUGACCAAAUUACUGAGCGGAAAGAAUGGAGGAGUGACUAACUGACAGAUCCACUGACUGACUGAUUGACUUAGUGACUGACUAAGUGACCGACUGACUGAGUAACUGACUACCCUCUUACUAAUAGAUCGACGGACAGAUUGACAACUGGAAGGAAGAACGGAAAGAUGGACUGACUGACUGAAUAAUCCGCUGUCUGACUGAUGAACGGACUGACUCACUGACCGAUUGAAAACUCGAUUAGACUGAACAUAAUAACUGACUGAAUUAUUUAAUUUACUGGAUCACUAACAGUCUGACUCUACUGCAGACUAAUUGAAUCAGUCGGCGACCGGCGGACUCAUAUCUGGGUCAAUUAAUCGACUGACUGUAUGGCUGAAUGAAAAGCUUACUGAGCUCUGUCUGACUGACUGUUUUACCCUAUCUGAUUGAUUGUUGAUCGGUCGAUUGACUGACUAACUGACUGAACGAUUAACGGUCCAUCCGUAGACUUAAACUCACCUAUAGAUUUUAUUUCUCCCAACUUUAGAAAGGAAAUUCAAAUUAGAAAACGCCAUUGAGAGACACCGCUCAAAUAAGGUUAGUGAAAUUUUAUAAAUAGCUUUAGCUUUUGCAACGACGUUAUUGCGAGAGAAACUUACUGAAAUAUUUUUAAUUGACGCAGUUGCUUACAAAUUCAUUCUAAAUCUAUCUCAAUUGACGUUUUUUUUUGUUUGUUUGUUCUUCUUAGGAAGAGACAAGGAGGGAAAUUGACCUUUCCAACAUGGUAAGUACUCGACACUUUUUUUCACUUUUCCAACUAUCUUUACAACUCGGCUUACUUCUGAUAUCGGGUGUGAAAUAAACAUCUGUCGCAACUCAGACAUAUACGGUACCAAGGGUACCUAUACUAUCUAUUAUACAACUUGUAAAACUUCUAAGGUGAUACUAAAAUCUCAGACUUCAGAAUAAUUCAUAUUUGAAUGGCGACCUAAUCUGAAAUAACUUUUGCUGUACUUCAUUCUGUGAUGGGUCCAAAAAACUUGCACCACCGUCCCGACCAAACAGUGGAACACUACAUUUAUUCGGGAUUUGAUCAUUCACGUUUUUCCGUGCUUCAGAAGUUCCCUUGUUUUUACUUUGAGGCUAUUGUAAUUAUUGUACUUUUUUGGGUUACGAUACUCACUCGAAUACGCUCUGACGCUGUUCUUUGAUAGACGUAAGAUGUAAGUAAGAGAAAGAAUUUGCAGGUGACCAAUAAGGAGUGCGAAUGGUUUAAGUUAACAAGGAGUUAACCGAAUUGAAAUUUUCCUUUAGCUGCAUCCUCUGCGCAUUUUAGAUUUUAAGCUUUUAUCACUGACAUAUAUUUAUUUGCAGGACUUGACGUCUUUGUCCCAUAUGGAUCAGCUAGUGCUUAUGAAAAACGUCAACUUGUGUCACAACCAGCUUACCUCCCUCGACGAGUGUAACAUGUUACAAUGCGUGCGCACCAUGGACGUCAGUAAUAAUAACCUGCGGUUCAUCACUAGACGGCAUGCGUUGAAACUUUGUCUUCUAGAGAAGCUGUCUCUUUCAAAUAACAGUAUCCUUUUUUGUUUUAAAAAUGUACCAUCAAGUGCCAUGAGGUACGCACAUGGCUCCCUGUUUCUGAAGCCUUGUUUGUUUUAUGUAGACCUGACCCAGAAGGUAUGGGUCUAGAGUAACUUGUUAGAGUAGCAGCCUGAUGCUGCUGUAACAGAAUCUCGCGGGCUUCUCGCGAAGUUUGCGGGUUCAUAAGAAGAUCUGAACACUCAAGUGACUCUAGAGUAGUCGCUUAUUUCUUUUAGUUGGCAAGUGCUUCGAGGAAAAUUAUCUUGUUGGAGGCUAAACGGCAAUUUUGUGAUAAGAUUUCCUUGAUAAGAAUUCCAGAUAUUACAAAUUUAGAUUGUCUAAGAAGUCUCGAGCACUGCACAUCGCUACGGAAGCUCGAUUUACGAGGAAAUCCAUGUUGUCUGUUGCCAGGUUAUAGAGAUACGGUUAAAUCACUUCUAACGAAUCUUCAAGAACUGGAUGGUGAACAGAUAAAACGAACGCCUUUCAUAGCAUUAUAGUAAUUUUUAUAGAAUUUCUGUUUUCUUCUUGUUUUUUUUGGCUUUGUUAAAUCUGUCGAUUACCCGUAAUUCUCACAGAUGGGCUCCUGGCGCUUCGAAUCAGAAGAUUUUAUAAUGACAGUAUUGCGCAUGUAAUGAAAGAUUUACAUCAACUACCGAGCAAAUAAAUCAAAGCGUAUAAUGCGUGAGUCAAAGAUUUUGAAAAGCAAUUUAAUUGAAAUACGAAGAAGAAAGCGUUUCGACUUUUCGAUUAUGUUUUUAGCAUCAUCAUCGAGAAAAUUGGAGUUUGAGUCAGGUGAAAAUUAUGAAAUAGUUCGGGCUUAAUGUUAGCUAAUGCAAAUGUUGUCUAUUAAAAGAUUUGCGGCCAUUAUCAUCGUGCUGAGUGAUUUCAAUCAGCUCUACACACUGAUAUUCUAGUUAGGUCUAUAUUUCUCACUUUUCGCUUCUUAAAAGAACUUUUCUGAAUAAUGACAUUUGUGAAAACAACAAAGCUAUUUUUAUUUAGAUUGUGAGUUUAGUUUAAAACAAUGAUUGCGAUUUCCAAGUAAUGACAAGAGAGAUUUAUGACUCACUAUUUUCUCUUGGUAAUGAUUCAAAGUUGCGAAACUGAAAAAGUGGCUCAAAGAUCGGAAGCCGAACUUAAUUGUUAUAAUUCUUUUAGUUUUACAUGCGAUCAGACUUGGUUGGUCGAUUUCCAUAAGAAGAGAAAUAGAACCACGUUUGUACUAAGUGCAAAUACAUUUUACGGUAAAACAGCUUACAAAGAAAGUGUGGCGGCCAUAAUUAUUUGAAGAUUGGGACUUCAUGAUCACUUUCGUUUAAUUAAAAGGCAGUUUUAUAUAUUGCUUAUUUUAUAUAUUGCUAGUUAUUUCACGCUCGAACAUGUCCACAAAUGUGUCCUUGCGCGCGAAGUCGAAGCAUUUUUCGAUUGUAUCUUCUCUUUCGUUUGAGUUUGUUUUAUCGUGAAAUUUUCAUGCCAAUAUCUUUCAACCUGGAGAUUUUUCCGUGUCGGCGAGCGACUUAGCAAGCUGUAGUUAUAACUAAUUUUUAAUUUUUAAAUGCAUGCAGAGAAAAUGAAAAGACUUGAACGGAUUAGUUUCGUGAGAUUUAAGAAGAAAUAAUAGGUGAAUUUUUAAAACCACUUUUAAGCAUAGACCGCUUAAUCCAUCUUACGCGUUAAAUGCAUCUUAAGGUGCAAGAAAAAAAUUAAAAUUCAGAUACACCCCACGAAAAGCCUCACCACUUUGUUAAAUACCUUUUGCAAAGCAUAAUUAUUCGGAUAGUCUGAUAUUUGGCGAAGUUUUUAUCAAUGUUAAGGGACUUGAAAGCCUUCCGGCUCUCUUACCGACCAUAGUGUUGCAAAAUUCUGGCACCUUCUCAAUAUAGG